AGUAACUCAUAUAAAUUACACAAAACAAUCUAAAUAUUCGACGCUCACGCAAAAUAAUAAUUUAAAAAGGAAAAAAAGUUAUAAGUUACACAAAACAAUCUAAAUAUUCGGGACACAAAUACAGAGAUUUAAAGACACAAAAUUCCUAACACGGGCAAUCAUCCAGAGAGAGAGGAGAGAGGGGAGGGGGGAGUUGACCGGGCAUCUUGUGGGUGAGCUACCGGUCCAUCUCCUCACACGCUCAAUGGCGUUGAAUUCUUUAAUCAAAUCAUGCUCAUUUGGUGUCUCCUUCUCCCUCAUGCAAUUCCUCCAUAACUCUUGAACUCCCUAUUUAUUUACACCUCUCACAAUUUAUAAUCUACUUCAUCCCCACUAAAACUUACAAUAUUCACAACCAGAAAGCUUCAUUUCAUGUUAUUUUUCUUUUCUGUUUUUGUUUUCUUAUAUUAAAAAACUAAAAAACAAACACCACAAAUUACGGAAGCAAAAGUAAAACAUAUUAGAAAGUUUCUGCUCUGUACUUGUAGUAGAAAUUGUUGAAGCAAAGCUUAACACUAGAACACAACAGAUGGGUCGAAUUCCGUGCUGUGAGAAAGACAAUGUGAAGAGGGGACAAUGGACACCUGAAGAAGACAACAAGCUCUCUUCCUACAUUGCCCAACACGGAACCCGGAACUGGAGGCUAAUUCCUAAGAACGCCGGUCUCCAGAGGUGUGGGAAGAGCUGCAGGCUGCGUUGGACUAACUACCUCCGUCCUGAUUUGAAGCACGGACAAUUCUCCGAUGCAGAAGAGCAAACCAUUGUCAAGCUUCAUUCAGUCGUUGGCAACCGAUGGUCGUUGAUCGCCGCUCAGCUGCCAGGCCGCACGGACAAUGAUGUCAAGAAUCACUGGAACACAAAGCUAAAAAAGAAGCUUUCAGGCAUGGGCAUUGAUCCGGUUACCCACAAGCCCUUCUCUCACCUCAUGGCAGAGAUCGCCACCACGCUAGCACCCCCACAGGUGGCUCACCUAGCUGAAGCCGCCCUUGGCUGCUUUAAAGACGAAAUGCUCCACCUACUUACCAAGAAGCGCAUCAACUUCCAGUUCCAACAAUCCGGCAUAGCACCAGGGAACCCUGCAACAGCCACUUACACUACAAGUAAUCAAGACGAAAAGGACGAUACGAUUGAGAAAAUCAAACUAGGGUUAUCAAGGGCCAUACAAGAGCCUAACAUGUCACCCUCAAACAAACCUUGGGAUUCCACUGGGGCAUGCAGUGCUUUUCCGGCAUCUGUCUCUGGAUUUCAAUACGGCCCACCGUCUUUCGGCAAUGAAGGGGAUGGGUCUCCGUGGAACCAGAGUAUCUGCACCGGAAGCACAUACACGGCAGGAGACCAGCAAGGACGGAUGCAUGAGAAACUCGAGGAUGAAAAUGGAGAUGAGUCUGAGGGUGGAAAAGGAACUAGAAACGGAUCUAGCAUAUUCAACUCGGAGUGUGUCUUGUGGGAUAUACCAUCAGAUGAUCUGAUGAAUCCUAUAUAGUUUAGGGAAUGGGGGGAAAGAAAACAAGAAUACCUACUUCAUGAAAAGUAAUAAGCUUGUGGUAACAAUAAAAUGAUGCAAAAUGUAAAUAAAACCCAUUUUAUUAAUGAUCGUAAUAUAAAAUCAAGGACAAUAUAGCUUCUUAUAAUGUUUUAGUCGAAUCCUAUUCCUAUU